AUGGGGCGUGCGGUGGUGAUGUGCUGCAAGUCGCGGGGAGCCCUUUCCCGUCUGGGUCUGAUAUGGGGGCUAUUCGCACUGGCCGCGCUUUCCAUAGCCUUCUUGAGCGGAUCGUGGCUGUACACAAGAGAGCCGGUCACCCUGCCCAACUCUCGUGUCGCGACUUCCAUUAGCUUCCGCAUCGGACUGUGGCGCGUGUGUCCUUCGGUGAAGAGGGUCAACUCAUCCACACGUGGGUACAGCAAAGUGCAGUACAUUACUCUGGCACAGACAAUUAAGGCAGUGCCUAAUUGCUACAUUACAGAGGACGCCUCAGUCGCACGUAGAGAGACAAAGCUACGCACUUAUACUAAUUAUAAUUGUACAAACUUAAAGAGUAACAACGAUGAUGUGGAAGCGGUUACCCGUCGGAUCAAAAGCUCCCUACCGGCCAAAUGGAGAUUUACGGACCCUGUAAUCAACGUAAUUUGUUGUGUGCACAAUUUCGGUCAGAUAAAUUAUUCAUCUUGA